AUGAAUAUGCUUCAGUAUUUGAUUUUCGCUACAUUAUUCAUUGGCUGUAUAACAACAACAAACUACUGUUCUUCAACACUUUGUAAGGCUGGCAAAAAACACAUAGCUUGUGGCCACAAUGGAAAAUUCGCCUCCACCUGCCCGAAAAAUGCUGCUAUGGUCAGCUUUACCACCGGCAUGAAAGAUUUCAUCGUAGACCGUCACAAUGCAAAGCGGAAUUUGAUUGCCGGCGGAACUGUGGCUAAUCAUAAGGCAGCUUGUCGCAUGGCUACCAUGCAGUGGGACCAGGAAUUAGCCAACUUGGUAGGGCUCAAUGUACGUCAGUGUAAAAUGAGUCAUGAUAGCUGCCGAAAUACGGAUUCCUUCAAACAUUCAGGUCAAAAUUUGGCCUGGAUGAAGUAUAGUGGCAGUUUGAACGCAAAGAAACUUUUGGAUAAGGCCGUCAACAUGUGGUAUAAUGAAGUUAAAUACAGCAAAAUGGAAUAUAUAAAUUCUUUUCCCGAUAGCACUACCAUUUUAAAGAAAAUCGGUCAUUUUACCGUUAUGGUAGCAGACCGAAACAUACGUGUUGGCUGUGCGGCUUCUUCCUAUACACAAAAAGGAGAUAAGAAAAAGACGUUUCUUAUUGGCUGCAACUAUGCCACAUCAAAUAUUUUGGGUAUGCCAACUUAUGUCAGUUGUGCAAAGGCCGGCACAACAUGUAAAAAGGGCAAAAAUACGAAAUAUACCAAUUUGUGUUCAUCGUCAGAAAUCUACAACGUCGGUUGGACCAACCAAAAAAACAGCUGGGUGCCAUUCCAAUUUUAUUCCAACUAAAAACUUUUUAGUAGACAACAUUGAAUUU